AUGUCCACCGCUCCUGCGCUCAGAAUCCUCGCCAUCAACACGGUACCUGGCCUCGAAGAGUUCCUUCAAGUUACCAAAGAGACAGGAACUCAGUCCCUCAAAGUCAAGGACCCACUCAGCGUUGUGGAGAUGGCUCUUGAAGUCGAAGUCGAGCGCUCACGCGCAACUGAAGCUCUCGCCGCUCGUGAUGCCGCCAUUCAUCGACUCCACGAAGCCUGCGCCUCGAUUCGUCAAAAGAUGAUUCUGAUUGAGCAGCUGCAGCAAAACUUGCCAUCCGGUUCUCUCAUCUCAAGCCCCAAUCCCCUCAACGAGCAAGUAGUCAUGCUGGAAGCUACUAUCAAGGCCCUCCGUGAAGAAAUUGUUGCGUUGCGCAGUGCCAAGGCCGUCCAGCCACCACCAUAUGAUGAAAAUGGAAUCGAACACCCUGCUCUUGCCAAAGCCCCGCUAAUUCGCCCUGCAAGCUCGGCUGCUCCCUUGCGUCUCCCUCCGACUCGUGACCUUGUGCCUCGUCCAGCAACUGCAUCUUCCAUCCAAGAAAACAUUGUCAAUUCAACCUUCGCACAAGACAACAACGAAGAGUCAUCCAAACCUCUUGAACCCGAAGAUAUCAUCAAAGCUCGACAUGCGCUUCUCGCAAAGAUCCCACUGCCCCUCGAGCCGCCAGAUGACACUCUCAAGCCAAUCAUUCUUCCACCACCAUUCACGCUGCAUGAAUUCCUUGCUAAUGCUUCUGGAUCCCUUCGCGUUGUUCUGUCUAAUUAUCGUGUCCUGCAAGAACUCACGACCUCUUGGUGUCCUGAGCGCGAAGAACAUGGAUAUAUGCUUACGCCCGUCUUCAAAUGCAGUACAAACCCGCGCGUAGCUACUGCUCAUCGUUGGAAUAUGGUUGAUGUCAUGGCACGGAUGGCCAAACCGACUGAAUGUUUCUAUAACAAGGAUGGGAACUGGUACUACGCUGGCGUCUACCAAGGUUUCAGACUGGCGGAUCUGACGGCCAAAGAAUGGGAGGCACUUUCCAGCGAGACGACCCAAGCGCUUGUCAAAGAAACCAUUUCAGCCCGCAAAAAUAUAUCGCCACAAAAUGUUUACGAAACCUCGCAGCUCUACACCGCCGGCGCGCUGAAGGUCGCGUGUAUCGGCCUUCAAUGCGUGGGGUUCAACAAGGCGGUAUACCACGCGGUUCUGGAGCAGGCUGCAAGGCUGGCCGCGGCGACGGCGACCACCACUACGACGAAAUGGACGGCGCAGAAUGGAACGAAAGUUGGGUUGGGCAAUGGCGGCGGGGUAUGGAAUGUUAGUGCUGCGGUGGCUGGUGAGGGCGGGCUGGUUGAAGGGAUCGGAGGAAUGAGACUGGGUGUCAAUGGUGAGGAGAACUUGAAUGGUGCACACACAGCGUUGUUGAAGACGUUGAUUUGA